GUGGCAUACAAAGCUACUUAUGGUGUGGCUUGGUGUCAAUAGUAAGUUGAACGUCCUCAAUCUUCCUCUCCUCAUCUCAUGGACCACGCCGUUUAUAACGGCCACGAACGCACGGUUGUCGGAACAUUCAAUGUCGCAUACGUUACACAGCCGCUAUGCGCUGAAGAGCGUACUACGGUACGAGCUUCAAGUUGACCGGAAUUCGGGCGCGCCACUGCAUUCCCCUCAACCUGGUUCCAACGGAAGCUUCGUGCCUGUCCCAGGUCUGGAAGCAGAUUGGACUAGCAGCUAUGUACCACGGGUGUGCCUUGGGAUGUGCCAAUAAAGCACUCGCAUUUGUGAAGAACGGUCUUCAUCGC